AUGAGCGGCGGCGGCGCCGGCGACACGCUGGACAAGCUGGUGGUGUUCCUGGCGAAGCGCGACGGCGUGGACAAGCUGGUGAAGACGUACCAGUACGUGUCCAAGCUGGCGCACUGGGCGGCGGAGACGUCGCACCCGGGGCUGGCCGGGCGCGCCAAGAGCUGGGAGACGGCGGCCGGGCUGAGCCGCAAGGUGUUCCGGUCAGGCCGCUCCCUGACGGGCUUCAACGCGCUGCGGCGGUCCCCGGGGGAGUUCGGCGCGCUGGCGGUGCUGGCCAACGCCGGCGAGAUGGUCUACUUCUUCUUCGACCACUUCACGUGGCUGUCCCGCGUGGGCGUGCUGGAGCCCUGGCUGGCGCGCCGCGCGAGCUUCGUGUCGGCCUUCGGCGAGUGCGUCGGCUACGUCUUCUUCAUCGCCAUGGACUUCAUCGUGAUCAGGCGCGGGAUCAGGCGGGAGAGGGCGCUGCUGCGCGGGGAAGGCGGUGGCGAGGGGAAGGAGAAGGAGGGCGAGGUGAGGAUGAUCCGGGCGGACCGGGUGAUGCGGCUGAUGGGGACGGCGGCGAACCUGGCGGACCUGGUCAUCGGCGUCGCGGACAUCGAGCCCAACCCGUUCUGCAACCACGCCGUCACGCUGGGGGUCAGCGGCCUCGUCUCCGCCUGGGCUGGCUGGUACAGGAACUGGCCGUCGUGA